AUGGACACCCUGGAUAUUUUUUACGGCGAUAGCUUUCCGUCACAGACACCCGAGGAGUACCCGCAGAAUCCACCCGCCUGUCGCUUUUCCCGCAGCUGUGAGCAAGUGCCUUUGGCCCCGUAUGCCCCGUUCGAGAACGGAGGAAAAGAAGACUUGAUACCUUACAACCUGCCGCCUUGCCAACACGCGAUUACCGAACAAACACACACCCAUGGGUACCUGGCAGAGAAGGAGCGAGUUGUGGACGACUACCAACAGAUCCCCCGGCGUGAGCAACCUACUGAACCCGGUGGACAGUUUGCUUUCCCGUGGAUGAGGACCUCCAGGUCCCAUUCCCAAUGUUGUUUUCCAGGAGGUUACCCCGAUGACCUCGACGAACACAAGCGAAGCCGAACAGCCUACAGUCGGGCUCAACUUUUGGAGCUGGAGAAGGAGUUCCUUUUCAAUAAAUACAUCUCGCGACCACGCAGGUACGAACUGGCUACCACCCUUAACCUCACAGAGCGACACAUCAAAAUCUGGUUCCAGAACCGACGGAUGAAAUGGAAAAAGGAGGAGACGAAGAAGCGAGUUUCGGAAACCAGGGCCCCAGACCAGAAGCAAGAACAAACUGCCUCUACCAGUUGAGUUUUAAGCCACGUUCGGACAAUUGUUUUCCUUCAGCACUGGAGUAUGAGACAACGAGAGCUCAUUUAUUAUAAUUGUAUUACACUAUUACAUUGCCUAUAUUUAGAGGAAAGAAUAAUGUGUUUACAAGUUUAAAUACUGUGGCUGUGUUCAUAUGAGGGCAAUGUAUAGCCUAGGGCAUUGCAUUAACGUUGAUGAGAUGUAAGAAACAUACACCUUUUCGUGAAUGAUGGAAGGGCCAUUUUAAAAGUAAAGAUAUUAAAUAUUUGUUCGAUGAUUGUUGAAAGAGAACCGUGUUCCCCAUGGCUUGCAGGUCAGGCCCAUUCUACCUGUAAUACUUUGGCUAAAAUGAAGGCUUCUUGUGUCGCUCAUAGUAGGCUGUACAACUUUAUUUUCGUGUUAUUCUUAACAAUAAUGAACAGUCAUUAGGAUAUUAAAUUCCUA